AUCACUGUGCAUGUUCCAUGAUGUUCCUCAACUCGAUACAUUCAGAAAAUUUUAUUCCUAUUCUGGAACUUGUAAUGCGUUUCCUGUGUUGUUUCCAAUGAAACUUGGCUAUGAUGUGACUAUUCAUACAAAACUAAUAACAUCUAGGAGCUUUUACUGGUAUUACCGAUUGUUUCCCGAAUGUGUGACUCGAGAAGUGCGACGGAUCCAGACUGAUCGGUGAGGAUGCCUCAAGCGCCCGGUUCAAAUAACAUCAAGGAUGAGAACCAAGAUUCACAGAAGAAGGCCUUGAAAGGUCAGAGUCGUGCCGUCCAUGGCCAACGGCAAGGUGGCGCCACCUCUGGCACCUCAGGUGUGCUCAUGGUCGGCCCGAAUUUCCGCGUUGGGAAGAAGAUUGGAUCUGGGAACUUUGGCGAACUGCGACUCGGGGAACCAAUGAAGUCAAGAGCCCCACAGCUUCAUCUGGAAUACAGGUUCUACAAGAUGCUGGGUCAAUACGGUGAGUUUACAACCGGGCCAAUUUACUAUGUGCCUCCCUACAGUGGAUGGGACGCAC